GGGUCUCUCCGUCGCCUUUGCUGCGACUGACGGAGGCGGCCCCUCCGGAAAGCCAGUCCUUUGGUUUAAGGCUUUGUCCCGCCUCCGGCCCUCCUUCGACCAAUCACCGUAGAGCGUCUCGGACUCUUCUUUGGCGACCACACUGCCACAGUUGGAAGAUUGACAGCCGCCUUGCCCAAUGACAUGACGGCCUUGUCCCUGCCUACCGCCCGCGCUCACUCCCAAUCGGAAGGGCAGGUAGUUCCCCUGGCCAACCGGAAGAGGCGGCCUGCACUUUCCCCGCUCCCUCCUUCCUCGCCGGGGUCGAAAUGGCGGGACUUCCGUGAAGUGAGGCCCUCAGUCCUCUCCCCCCUCCCGGGCAGGCCGGCAUCUGCGGGUGAAGCCUGUCCCGCCUGGGGUAGACUGCAGGGCUCGGCGUGCGGGAGAGCGGCGCGCCCACGCCCAGGAUGGCUUGCGCCGGGUUGCUGAGGGCGCUGGCGUCUCCUCUGCGCUGGGGAGCUGCCGCCGUCUCUCACAGCCUCCUCCCAUCAUCCUGGCUGGCACAGCAGCCACCGAGCCGCACCAUGGCCACCCUCAACCAGAUGCACCGCAAAGGCCCGCCCAAGAGGCCUCCACCCAAGCCUGGCCCCUUGGGUGGCUGCCCCCAGCUCAAAGGGGUGGUUCUGAAGACCAUGAUCCGCAAGCCCAAAAAACCCAACUCGGCCAACCGCAAGUGUGCCCGCGUGCGGCUCAGCAACGGCAAGGAGGUCAUCUGCUUCAUCCCGGGAGAAGGACACAACCUGCAGGAGCACAACAUUGUCCUGGUGGAGGGUGGGAGGACCCAGGACUUGCCGGGGGUCAAGCUCAAGAUCGUGCGGGGCAAGUACGACUGUGCUCACGUCCAGAAGAAAUGAGCGCUGCUUAUGCAACGUCUGGAGCCAGCUGAGCCCACAGCCGGCUGUCUCCAAGUAGCUUCCAGGGAUAUACAUGCACAGCAGCGAAGGAGCAUGUCAGGCCGUCUCUCCUAGGAGUUGCAUCUCUGGAGUCUUGGCUUGAGCGUGCCAGCGCCUUGCCAGUUGGGGGUUCUCCGGGCAGCUAGCUCCUGGAUCAACGAGUCUGAGCAUGCCUUUCCCAUCCUCCUCCUGUCUUUGUAUAUGUACAAAUGGUGGACGCAGAAUGCCAAGUGAACACAAAGGAUACCAUGGCAUGGAGGGGAGGGGGAAAGGAUUUGCUGGCUCUGAAUAAAAAGUGUGAUGGAGGCAUCCCUG